CCCCGGGUGUGCCGAGCGUGUCUGGGGUGGAGCUCGCCCUUGCACCAGCCUGACACCGCAAUCGCACAGACAAGGGCAUGUGGCGGCUUGACGCGGGGAUCCGGAGGAGACGGUUACCUGAGAGGAUGAGGCCUUAUGGCAUGGUGUAAGCAACACUAAGCAUUACUUUACCCGUGGUCACUUUGCAUGCAGUUCCCAUACAAUCCAUCUUCUCUCUUGCAAUGUCGUCGUCAUCAUCCUCUUCAUCCUCACCAUCACCACCACCGAGGCGACCUGGUAGACCCACCAUAUAUUCCCCGUCAGAAAAAAAAAGGAGGAGAAAGAGUCUAGAGAGAAAAAGGGCUCAAUCAAGGAUAUGUAUAAGAGAACAAAUAGGAAGAUGGAUGUCACUUAGGGAAACGCUUAAUGUCUUCUCACAUGCUGAAGUUGCCAAGUUUUUGCUAGACUUAUAUGACAAUUAUGAAAACCGAGAUGUGUGCAAGGAAUCGGAAGUGAAAAUACAGGCAGUGGAUGGAAACUCAACAUUAAAUGCAGAAGAGGAUGUGCCAGAGACCUCUUUAACAGCAGGCACCGAAAGGUUGCCAUGUGAAGGUUUAGAGGAUGAAUCAACAGACAGUUCAGGGGAGGAGUGUACUAUUGAUAAUGAAUAUGACCUUUCUAAAAGUUUUUCUUCAGUUAAACACUUGAAAAAUGUGUCUAUAGCAGAGGAUAUAUUGGGUAUUACAGAUGAAUGUGAUGAUGGGUCACAAGGUGACUUUAUAGAAACCUUUGAGGAGACAACUCAUGAUAUGACUUUGGAUGACACCCAGGAUAUUUCUCAUGAAAAAAUUCACAUUGUUUAUGAACGAUCCCUUCUUCAACUAGCCAAAAAAAUUAUUGUACCAAAAUGUAUGUUUUGUGCUGGUGAAGUUGAUAUUUCUGUACAGCCUGUUUCCUCCUGUGUGCAUUUGAUAUGGAAAUGUAGUGCAGGACAUAUAGCAUUUGAAUGGUCUUCUCAACCCUUGGUAAAAGGACAGACACAUGCAGGAGACCUUGCUUUAUCUGCUGCAAUCAUACUGUCAGGAAACAAUUUUGGAAAAAUUUCACAAAUGGCAAACUUUAUGAAGUUGACAUUCGUAAGUGCAAGUACAUUCUUCAGAAUGCAGCGUCACUUUAUUGUUCCAACUAUAGAAUCCUUCUGGUGUCGAAUGAAGCAACACAUUUUAGAGGAACUACGUGGGAAGGAAGUAGUCAUUAUGGGAGAUGGACACAUGGAUGGCCCUGGCCACUCUGCACAGUAUUGUGUAUACUCAUUCAUGGAUUUAGAAACUAAACAAAUUUUAGCUAUUGAAAUAGUGGAUAAACGCAAAACGCAACUGAACUCCCCAUUUAUGGAGAAGGAAGCCUUUCGAAGAGGAUUACAAAAGUUGUUGGAUGAACAGCUAAUGGUUAAAGAAGUGGUUACUGAUUCACACUCUCAAAUCUCUGCUUUGAUAACAAAGAAAUUCCCUUGUGUAAUCCAUUCAUAUGACAUAUGGGGUGGUGCCAAAAAUCUUGGACAUAAAUUAAUUGAGGCUAGCAGACAGAAAGAUUGUCGCCGUCUUUUACAAUGGUGUUCAGAUAUUGUCAAUUAUUUCUGGUUUUGCUGCAAGGAAGCAAAUUCAUAUGAAAAAUUUAUUGGAAUGUGGUGUGGCUUAGUUCAUCAUGUGGUCAAUGAACAUCAGUGGGCUAGUGGAAACGGCAUCAUUGAGGGACGGUGCAAACAUGGUCCUCAAAUGGAUGAAAGAGAAAAGGAAUGGCUAGAAAAGGGAAGCAAACCUCACACUGAAAUGUGCAGAAUAAUUUUGGAUAAAAAGUUUCUGAGAAACAUCCCAUACUUUCUACAGUUUAGAUCCACAUUUGAUCUGGAACAGUUUCAGCAGCAUGUGCAUAUGUAUGCUCCCAAAAGUUUUGAAUACACCUAUCCAGUGUACAGAGCAAGAUGUUUUUUGGCUGCUAUUGAUUACAAUAUGCAUUUGAACCGGCAAACCAUGCACAAUCAACAGAAUCAGUUAAUAUACCGUAGAAUUUACCAUAGGAAAUCUGGGAGAUGGACCUUGGUACCCAAGAAAGAAAAUAAGCAUUAUGUAUAUAUUGAUGACAUAAUGGAGGAGAUAUUUCAACGCCGUUUGGGGAUAUAGCAAGAGGUCCUGAAGGCGAAACUUCUGAAACCAAAUGUAUUUCAAGACCGAUUGCAAAAUGAAUUAUACUAAUUAGCCUCCUUUCACAAUUUAAAAAAAACCCAAACUUCUCCAGGCUUAUAUUUAUUGGAAUUACCUAUGGUAAUGCUUGGUUGUUUAGGAGGAUAUAGUUAUUUAACCUUUUAUUCUCGGGGAGUGGGAAGUAAACUAUUUGUAUCGGUAUUAAUAUCCAUUUCUCAUGGGGCUGGUUUAAUAGUCAAGUUAUAAUAACUUGCUAACCUUUUAAUUGUGUGCCUGUGUAUAUACACACACACACACACACUAUAACUUUUUAAUUUUGGGAACAAUGUUUCUCAAAGAUGAAAACUACUUUUUGAUAAAAGUGAUACGCACAUUGUUUAUGUAUGAUAAAUUGUUUUCAGUAUGAGUGAUAUAAUGUCAUAGAUUACAAACUUUUGUAUUUAUUUCAAAUAAUCAGUGUCAUUAAAUAAAAAGGAUACUGUUAGGUCUGUUGGGCCCAAAAUUUCAUUUACCUUAACACUGUAAUAAUUUUAUAACGAUUGUAUGAAUGUAGUGGUUUUCAUUUUUGCAUUGUUUUGCUAAUAUGUCAUUAAUCCUUACAAGUCCUUUGUGGGUUUAGGUGUUAUUCUACUAUUGGGAAGCUGAGAAAGGAGUUAAGUGACUUGUCCAAGGUCACAGAGGGACUUGGUGUCAGAACUGAAGCAGUCUGUCAAGAAUUCUUGGCUACCAGUCUGGAAUUUAUACCUUUUCUCUAAUGUGGCAGUUUCUCAAGAUUUAAAUUCUGUGUUUUAAGUAGUUCAUUUUGUAUGUCUCUCUAAAAAUAUGUGAUCUGCCUCUGUACAUAGAUGACAUUAAUUUUAUCAUAGUGUAAUUUAUUUAAGUUUUUAAAAUUACUUAUACAGGGCACGAGGUAGAGAUGCUCAGGCAGCAUAUUUCUUAUUUUGAUUUUUCUAUGAGCUAGUGCCGCAUUAAUAUGAGGGUGGGCCCUUUCAUAAAUUUUAGUACACGUACACACAUUUACUUAACAUAUUUUGUGUAUAUGAAACAUGUUCUUUCCAUAUGGGUUUUGAGGCUAUAAUUGCGUGGUCAGCCUAGAAAGGAUGUAUUUGUUGGGCUUAACUGGGGCCCAUGGGAGCUUUGGAACGUCAUGCUUUGGUAGGGCUGUUGCAAUUUGAGAGAUCUGUACAAAUAAGUAUCCUCAAGACUUCAGAGUAAUCAAAAAACCUCCUUGGGGAACUGAAAGUCUUUCUCUCCCUUUAACUAAUAUCUAAUCUUUAUAAUCUACCUGAGUCCUCUUGGUACCAUGCUAUUUAACACAAAAAUAAUUUUUUUAAAUUAAGUCCAUGGAAAUUUUAUAUUUACAGUGGGAAUAGUUAAUUGAUAGAAUCAUAAAAA